AUGGCUGAAGCGCCUCGCACGAUUCUGCUCGUCGUCACUACCGGCGGCUUCACACACGCGGCGCCGGUUCUGGAACUAGGCAAAGUUCUCUCCGCCCGCGGCCACAACAUCGAGUUUGCCACUCUCGACGGCCAAGAGGGCUGGAUCAGCGGCUAUGAAUUCGUCAGCAGAGUCCAUCUUCUCGGGCCGGGCCCAACAGAGGAGCAAAUGGACAGUCAUUACCUUCGCAUGCGUGACUGGGACAUGUCCAAGGGGAUAGCAGCCGCCAUGGAGUCCAAGUUCAUGUUCGACUCGUUCUGGCCCCAGACGUAUAGAGGCUUGAAGGCCAUCAUGGAAGACGGCUCCGGUGCGAAACCUAGCAUGAUGGUGGCAGACUUCUUCGCCGACGCCGUCAGGGACAUGCACUUUGAGUACCAUGUGCCCCUGGCCGUGGUGUGGCCACAGAUGCCCCCUCUCAUGUUUCCCUGCCCCUACAUACCGGGCGAGCCAGGCUUCCAAAUAGAGGGGACCUUGACGUCGGAAGAUGCGUCCAUGUGGUUGCGGUUCAGAAACGAGUGGGUGGUGGUUCGGGCGCUGCCGCACAUCUCGAAGCUGUCCAGCCUCACCAGGGCCAUGCGCAGGAAGGCCGGCGUCGAACAUGACUUGCCGAGCCCCACGAAGCCAGAUUACCUGGUGCUGGUCAAUUCGUUUUACGGGCUGGAGAUCCCAAAGGACCUGCCGCCUCUGUGCGCGCCGGUAGGACCGGUUCUGAGCGACGAGUUUCCUCCCCUGGACGAUGCCACGGACAAGUUCCUCGCCGGACACGGCAAGACGGUGUACAUUGCGCUGGGUACGCACGUCAUCCUCACGGACCGCGACACGGCCAAGAUUGUCGACGGGCUGCUGCGACUCCUUGCAGAAGGCCUGGUUGACGGCGUGAUUUGGGCAGUGGGCAGAAGCGGCCGCCAGGACAUGGACGGCAGCCACGCAUUCGAGCACCGGGGCCGGACUCUGCGGCUGGGGGACUUGAUCGACGGCAGACACCCAGACUGGCUGUUCACCCUGUUCGCUCCCCAGCGGGCUGUACUGGACAGCGACUCGGUGUGUCUGUACCUUACCCACGGCGGCGGCUCCAGCGCCAACGAGGGCGUCUACCACGGAAAGCCGAUGCUGGCCAUGGGCAUCUUCUCGGACCAAGUCGCAAACAUGACGCGUCUUGUGGCGGCCGGUGUGGCCGAGCCGCUGAACAAGUUCCGCUUCACGUCGGACGAACUGUACACCAAGGCGCGGAAGAUGCUGCGAGACGAGCAGGGCCUCUAUGCGAGGAACGUGCUGAGGCUGCGGCGCAUUGCCCGUGUGGCCGCCCGUCGAAAGCACCACGCGGCCGAUUUGAUGGAGGAGCUGAUGUACGACGCCGAGCUGAGGUUCCGGGGAGACGGGGAGCUGCGGCCCAUGCAUUUGCAGACUGCGGACGCGAGAAUGCCCUUUUACAAGGCUAGAAACUGGGACCUGAUGGCUGCUGGAGCCGUUGUAGUUGCUGCAGUGUCGGGCCUUGGGAUUACUCUGGGGAGGGCGUUGUGGAUGCAGAGGAAGCUGGUCAAGAGCUCGGUUGAAUCCCUAUUUUCAGCUUCUUGA